AUGGCCCGACAGGUAGCUGACAGCAUGUUUGAAGGCUGUAAGGAAGCAGGAGGUUCGGUGUCUUCUAAUACAUUCACUAAGGAGUCCAUCGAUGAGAAGUUCUUUUCAUCACAAACGCUACGCCAGAGCUCCUCAUCAUCAUACCUGUUGGCCGAUGACCAUAGCGCGUUGAGCAGAGACAUCGACCGGUGGAUGAAUGGCAGCGUCGUGGUAACCACUGAAAAUGCUGGUAUUCAGAGCAGAAUACCCAUGGUCCAACGCUCAGUUCUUGCCAGGAGUUCGUCCCUGGACCGCUCUGGAUUAUGGUACCUCUUAGCCAUGAUCCUCCCACUGUUCAGCAUGAAUAGCUACCCUCACUGGAGGUGUACGCCUAGCGUGGUUCUCAACACGGCGGAGUUGCUUCUAAAUCAGUUUUCCAGGAUAUGUGGCCGCGCCAGACAGCAUAUCCGCCAAUUGGCCAGGGACCAAGUAGCCAGGGAACUGUUUGCCACUGCCAUGGACAUCGUUCUGGUCAUCUAUGCGAUAGGCUUCCUUAUUCUAUCCAUGUACCAAGCUUCUAUAUUUGGUUAA